AUGGGAUCCGCGCAUAUCCUCGUUGACUUGGCUGCCGUCGUCAAAGCUUCCCGGAAUGUCGCCUCGAGACACCUGGAGCUUCGUACGAGGCAGAUCGAUCGCUAUGGCCGAACCUCCAGCAUCGUGCGGUCUCUGGGAGGGGAUAGGAAGCCACCGCAGUCCGCAGCUGCCAACGCGCCACCCGGAGAUGGUCGCGAGCAGCCUGCAGGGGAGAAUGCGCCAACAGUCCAGUCUGGUGCGGUGCACGAGGAGUUGGGACUGCAGGGUCAACAGCAGUCCAAUGUGCCCGAGAACUUGCCAUUGAGUGGUAUGCAGAGCGAUGGUGCCAUGCCUUCAACGACAGAGCAGCAGCAGGAGGCCCACCCGAAUCUCUUCCGCCGCAGCGAACCACCUGAGGAUGCGACCAUACAGCGUCCUCAGUCCAUCACACCAAACCAGAGUGCCAUAUUGGCACAGUUGAAGGAGAAAGUGAACGAGGCUGGCAAGCAGGACGAUGAUAGGUCAUCAUUUCUAGCGGACGCUCCACCGGAUGCCAAUGUCAACAUCUUCCACACGAGUCGCGGAUCUCAAAUGCUUGAGGGUCAGAAGGAUGCCGUGGGACAGAAGCGGCCCAAGGGAGCACCUUCCAAGCCCAGCUGGUUUAAAGACUUCGGCCACGAUAAAGAGAAGACGCAGAAAGAGGACACAGCACCGUUACCUUCCGUGGCCGAGACCGCUGCGAGACAGGGGAUGUCACCUCUAGAGGAAAGCGCAAUAGCAGCGGCAGAUGUGGCUGUUGGGAGCCCAUUGGCACGAAACCUGGAUUCCAGUAUUGCUGAGGCCCAGGAAACAGCAGGUUCACCGUCGCCCUCUAUUGCGAAGACGAUCUGGGGACAAGGACCAACACCUGUUGAGAAAAGCGCGCUGUCGGUUGAUACGCCAGAAACGACGAUGCGAGAAAACACACCAGAUACUUCAGCCCAACAGAGUACAGAAAACAAAGAGUCUGAAAGCCGGCAAGUAGUGGAGGAACAUACCCAAAUGGUCAACGAAGUACUGUCGAAAGCAGAACAAUAUGUACCAAAACAGUCAGAUCCCAUAUCUGCUGCUACUACCAGCGAAGAACCCACCAAGCCAGCAUAUUCUCUCCGAGAGUCGAAAGUACCAGCUACUCGGAUAAGCAGGUUAUGGAACUAUGGAGGGCUCGCGGCUGGGAUGCUCGGCGGAGCAAUCACCGAAGGCUUCAGCAGGGGGCUCGGCGGCGGCGGGCAAGGUUCCGUCAUGUUCAGUCCCGGAAACAUGGAGAGACUGGUGACCAAGUUAUCGCGCAUGAGAGGAGCCGCACUGAAGCUGGGCCAGAUGAUGAGCUUCCAGGACUCGAAGAUGCUCCCUGGGCCCAUUCAGGAGGUCCUCCAACGCGUGCAGGACCGCGCCGAUUACAUGCCAGCCUGGCAGCGAGACCGCGUACUCACGGCUAGCCUGGGCCCUGAAUGGCGGGAUCUAUACGGAGAGUUUGAGGAGACUCCCAUGGCCGCGGCGUCCAUCGGACAGGUACAUCGUGCUACGCUCAAGUCGACGGGUGAGCAAGUCGCAGUCAAGAUCCAGUUCCCCGGUGUCGCCGACUCCAUCAACUCAGACCUCGAUAACCUAUCUAUGCUCCUGACCGCGUCAAAGAUGCUGCCCAAGGGCCUCUAUCUGAACAAGACCAUCGACAACGCACGGACAGAACUGGGCUGGGAGUGCGACUACGAGCGCGAAGCCGAGUGCGGGAGGCGCUACAAGGAGCUCCUGGCCGACGAGCCGGACGUCUUCACCGUGCCCAAUAUUUACAGUGAGGCGUCGGGCAGGCACGUGCUGACGAUGGAGUUCAUGCACGGCACGGGCGUUACGCGGGCGGCGCCCUCGCUCACGCAGGAGCAGCGCGACUGGAUCGGCACGCAGAUCCUGCGGCUGUGCCUGCGCGAGAUCGCCGAGUUCCGCUUCAUGCAGACGGACCCGAACUGGACCAACUUCCUGUACCACGGCGCGACGCACAAGCUCGAGCUGCUCGACUUCGGCGCCUCGCGCGAGUACCCCCAGGAAUUCGUCACGCAGUACGUGGGCUUACUAGAAGCGGCGGCGCGCGCCGACAAGCCCGCUGUCAAGGACCUGAGCGAGCGCCUGGGCUACCUGACGGGCCACGAGAGCCGCGCGAUGCUGGACGCGCACACGGCGAGCAUCCUGACGCUGGCGGAGCCGUUCCUCGAGUCGGCGCCCGCGGUGUACGACUUCCGCGACCAGACCAUCACCGAGCGCGUCAAGGCGCUGAUCCCCGUCAUGAUCCGCGAGCGCCUGAGCCCGCCGCCCGAGGAGACGUACAGCCUGCACCGCAAGCUGAGCGGCGCGUUCCUGCUGUGCGCGAGGCUGGGGAGCAGGGUUAGGUGCCGCGAGAUGUUUGUGCGCGCGCUGGAGAAGAUGGAGGAUGUUGGGGCGAAGUAG